AUCACAAAUCCUCGUCAGUGAAAUUGAAAGUAGUAAGCAAAAAAAAUGUCAGACCUCGACAAGUGGAUUGAAAUUGCCAAAGAGUGCAAAUAUUUGCCUGAAAAUGAUCUCAAAAAAUUAUGUGACAUGGUGUGUGAUUUACUUUUGGAAGAGUCAAAUAUUCAACCAGUAUCAACACCAGUAACUGUUUGUGGUGAUAUUCAUGGCCAGUUUUAUGAUUUGGAAGAAUUAUUUCGUAAUGGUGGACCAGUGCCUGAUACAAAUUAUAUAUUUAUGGGUGAUUUUGUUGACAGAGGCUACUAUAGUCUUGAAACAUUUACAAGAUUAUUAACAUUAAAAGCUAAAUGGUCUGAUAGAAUAACACUGUUACGAGGUAAUCAUGAAUCUCGACAAAUAACACAAGUUUAUGGUUUUUAUGAUGAAUGUGAAAUGAAAUAUGGUAAUGCAAAUCCAUGGAAAUAUUGCUGUCGAGUUUUUGAUUUACUUACAAUUGCAGCAUUAAUUGAUGAACAAGUACUUUGUGUACAUGGUGGUCUUUCACCACAAAUCAGAACGUUAGAUCAAAUUAGAACAAUUGAAAGAAAUCAAGAAAUUCCUCACAAAGGUCCUUUCUGUGAUUUAUUAUGGUCAGAUCCAGAAGAAGUUGAUGCAUGGUCUGUUAGUCCAAGAGGAGCUGGAUGGUUAUUUGGAAGUAAAGUUACUCAUAAAUUUAUGGAAAUAAAUGAUUUAGAACUUAUAUGUAGAGCUCAUCAAUUAGUUCAUGAAGGUUAUAGAUACAUGUUUGAUGAUAAACUUGUGACUGUAUGGUCUGCUCCAAAUUAUUGUUAUCGGUGUGGUAAUGUUGCUAGUAUAUUGCAAUUUCAAAGUGUCAAUGAAAGAAACACUGUACUUUUCCAAGCUGUGCCUGAUAAUGAACGUGUUAUUCCAUCAGUAACAGUUACACCGUAUUUUUUGUGAUCAAAUAUCUCUUUUAUUAUUAAUUUAAAUAAUUUUUUUUUUUUUUUUUUUUUUUUUUUUUUAAAAUCAUUCAAUAUAAAUGAUUAGGAAAAUAUUUAAAUGAUUAACAACAUAAAUACAUUUUGAUAUAAAAACUAAAUGAAUACAAAAAAAAAAACGAAAAAAAAAAAAAGAAAAAGAAGAACAAUAAGAGAAUUAGCAAUAUAAUUAUAAAAAAAAAAAAAGACGAAAAGACAAAUGUUUUUAUUAUCAAUUUAAAAAAUUCCAUCGUCUUUCCACUUAAUCAACUUUUGUUUAAAUUUAUAACACAAAGUUGUUACUAUUAUUAUUAGUAUGAUAUGUUUAUUAUUAUUUUCAAUAUACACACAACAAAAUCAAUGUAAAUUUUUACUUUUUUUUUCUUUUUUUUUGAAUAGGCAUUUUUUGUCUAGUGUAAAUUUUUUAAUCAUCUUGUGCAAAUAUUAUCAAUCGAAAUAAUAAACAUGAGCUUUUGCAUAAUUUAUAUAUACACAUUAUAUAUAAAAAGAAAAAAAUACAAUUAAAAUAAAUAAACAAUAGAAAAUAUUACAAAUAUAUAUUAUUAAAAUAUAAAAAUCCAACAAAAUAAAAUAUUUCAUAUCAAUUUUGUUGGAUAAUUAUUUGUCAUCAGUAUUUUUGAAUUCAGGUGUUUGUUUAAUUAUAAAAAAAAAAAAAUUUUUUAACAAUUUAUUUUUUAUUUUAUUCUAUUUUUUUAAGUAAUAUUAAUAAUUUUGAAAUUUUUUAAGUAUCUUUAUAAUAUAUGAUUAUGUCAAUAAAUGAUAUAAACACCUGGAUUCAAUUAAUCGACGACAGUUUAAUGCGAUUUAUACCACGAAAAAUACAAAUAAAAAAAUAAAAUAAUAAUUCAAUGAAAUUAUAAAUGAAAAUGUUGAUAUGGCACUGGCUAUCAAAAUGAGUAUUUAUUGAUUUUAUCAACAUUGUGAUAAUAUAGCUAAUCAAGCUAGCGAAGGAUCAACGUGUGUAAAAAUAAUUUACCCAAACAAUUAUAAAAAACAAAAAAAAAAUGAAAUAAGUUAAGGGUUCAAUGAUAGUUUUAGUUUAUACAUUAGUUUGUUUCGGUUAUUGUGUCCACCGUAAACCCUUCGAGCAGUGCCUUUAGAAGCCUACACACAAGAUGAUGAUAAUGAUGAUGAUGGUAUAUUAAUAGAAAAUUAAUUAAAAAAUUGGAAUUACGUUUAAUAAAAAAAAACAAAAAAAAUUAAAAGCUUCUUUUGCCCUAAUAAGUAAAAAUUCAGGCAACGAUGCUCAAUUAAAAUUUUAAUUUAAAAAAAAAAAAUAAUUUAAAAUUACUACACUAAUUAUUGUAUUAUUAUUUUUUUUUUUUUUUUUUUUUUUUUGUAUUGUAAAAAUUAAAAAAUAAUUUUUACUUUUUAAAAAUAUAAAAAUUUCAUUAAAUUUUUGUAAAUAUAACAGUGUGAUUUUCAUCUAAUAUAAAAUUUUAUUUUUCUUUUUGUCAAUUAUGGAAAAAAAACUGUUUAAUAAUUAUUUUUAAUUUUCAGGUGAAAAUAUUUUAUAUAUAUAACUGUAAAAAAAAAAAAAAUUAAAAAGAAAUACCAUUCAAUGAGUUUCAA